AAUACAUCAAAUGAAUCAGCACCCAAGAUAGGCUUGCAAGAGGCAUUCCGUCAACGAAUGCAAGCUUUCAUAGCUCGAUCGGAGGCUAGGCAACGUCUGAUUCGCCUUGAAGCUCUAGAGCGCCGUCUUAAGUCUGAAAGAAGCGCACCGAAGGCAUCUAGUGAUUCCACCAAUAUCAUUCCUUCUCGAAAUAAUCUACCUUCCUCAUUCAAUCGCACAAGGUCCUGGAACAGUGCUACACAUGUUUGUGAACUUUUCAUCAAAGGAAUGCAUCUCCGAAGCAAGUGGGAGAAAAAAGAUCAUCAUGUGGCUGAUGCUUACGUAGAUGGAACGUCCGCCAUUAGUCAAGCCUGA